AUGGCGGUGAACGUACAGCAUAAUUUCCCGCAGAGCCUGUGGGACUCGGUCCUCCAACUCACCAAGUCGGCCCAGGAGAAGAACGGCGACCCUCUCCUAUGGGCGAUUCAGCUCAGCUCCAGCCUCGGUUCCGCCGGCGUUGGUUUGCCCUCCGCCGACCUCGCCCACCUCCUCGUCUCCCAUAUCUGCUUUGGAAACCACGUUCCCAUCGCAUGGAAGCUCCUCGAGAAGGCCCUCACUGUCAAGAUCGUCCCUCCCAUGCUCGUGCUCGCCCUUCUCUCCACCAGGGUGAUUCCAAAUCGACAGUUGCAUCCUGCCGCUUACAGACUUUACAUGGAGCUAGUAAGACGACAUGCCUUCGCGUUUUCAUCUGAAAUCACUGGCUCAAAUUGUCCCAAGAUAAUGAAAUCCAUAGAUGAUGUUCUUCAUCUCUCAGAUGUGUUUGGACUUCAAGUGAACGAACCUGGGUCUCUUCUAGUUCAAUUUGUGUUUUCAAUGAUAUGGCAGUUGCUUGAUGCGUCACUGGACGAUGAAGGGUUGCUGGAACAUACCAUAGAAAAGCAAUCAAGGUGGGUUGUGGUUGCGCAGGAUAUGGAAAUUGAUGGCCAUGCUGGCAACACAAGAAAUGAGCAUAAUGAAGGGUUGCUGAAAGGAAAUACUACGAUGGCUAUUGAGCUUAUUGGGGAGUUUUUGCAGAACAGAUUAACUUCCAGGAUUCUUCACCUGGCUUCUGCGAACAUGCCUUCUCACUGGGGAAGCUUUGCUCAAAGACUACAAAUACUCCUAGCACAUUCAGCAGCUUUAAGAAGUUCAAAAAUUUUCACACCAGAGGACUUUGGGCAGCUGUUAUCCAAGACAACUAUACCUUUCCAUCGUUUUUUCAAGACAAAGCUACAGUUUGAGUGCCAUGCAGCUAUAUCUUCCACCUCUACUAAAUCAUCUGCUGGCCAAUGGCAUGGAACGAGUCAGUCUGAACUCUGGCUUCCUAUUGAUCUCUUUCUAGAAGAUUGCAUGGAUGGAUGGCAAUUGGCUGUCGUUAGUGCUAUAGAGAACCUAGUUGGUCUAGUGAAAGCUUUGCGGGCGGUUAAUGGUUGUUCAUGGCAUGAUACCUUUUUAGGACUAUGGACUGCAGCUCUACGACUAGUUCAAAGGGAAAGAGAUACCUAUGAGGGCCCUGUUCCUCGUCUUGAUACCUGCUUGUGCUUGUUAUUGUCUGUUACAACAAUUACGGUGGCUGAAAUCAUCGAGGAGGAAGAGAGUGAACAGAUGGAUGACACUGCAUGUUACCCCACCACUCAAAAGAAUGAGAAGCAGACCCCAGGCUCUUGCCGUGAUGGUCUGAUUGCCGCCUUACAGAUAUUGGGUGAUCAGGAAGGCCUGUUGAUUCCACCUCACCCUAUUGUUUCCAUAGCAAAUCAAGCGGCUGCUAAGGCAACCUUCUUUGUCUCAGGCCUUGCUACUAAUAAUAGCUAUUAUGAAAAUGUGAGCAUGAAUGACAUGCCGAUUGAUUGUUCUGGUAAUCUGAGGCAUCUAAUAGUUGAAGCUUGUAUAGCGAGAAAUGUGCUGGAUACAUCUGCAUACUUGUGGCCAGGCUAUGUUAGUUCAUGCACCAAUCAGGUUCCUAGCCAAAUGCCUGGUUGGUCGUCAUUUAUGAAGGGAUCACCAUUAACUUCUUCAAUGAUGAGCGCUUUGGUUGCUUCGCCAGCUUCCUGCUUACCAGAGAUCGAGAAAAUAUAUGAGAUUGCGGUCAAUGGUUCCAGUGAUGAGAAGAUAUCAGCUGCUAUCAUUCUCUGUGGAGCAUCUCUAGUUCGUGGUUGGAAUGUGCAGGACCACACUAUCCUUUUCAUCAUAAAAUUGCUUUCUCCACCUGUUCCAGCAGAUUACUCUGGAAGUGAAAGCCAUUUAAUUGAUUAUGCUCCAUUAUUUUAUGUUCUUCUUCUUGGAAUGUCUUCAGUGGACUGCGUGCAGAUAUUGUCCUUGCAUGGCAUGGCUCCACUGCUUGCAGGUGCACUAAUGCCCAUCUGUGAGGUCUUUGGAUCAGUUGCUCCUGACAACUCGUGGACUCUUCCAACAGGAGAAGAGGUCUCUUGCCAUGAUGUGUUCUCAUGUGGCUUCUCACUUCUAGUGAGACUUUGGAGAUUCCACUUCCCACCUUCAGAGCAAGUCAUGGGGGAUGUUACAUCAGUGGGCUCACAGUUAAGCCCUGAAUACUUGUUAAUGGUACGGAAUUCUCGGCUAGCAGCCUUUGGAACUUCACCUAGAGAUGAGAUAAAGAAGAAAAGGUUCUCUCAAAAGCUAACUCUCUCCAUUGAUCCAAUAUUCAUGGAUUCUUUCCCGAAAUUAAAAAUUUGGUACCGGCAUCACCUGGAAUGUAUCUCGUGUGCUUUCUCUGGUCUUGUACCCGGGACACCUGUUCACCAGAUCGUUGAGGCACUGCUCACUGUUAUGUUCAGAAAGAUAAACAGAAAUUCCCAGUCAGUGACAGCUCCUACAUCUUCUGGAAGUAGUAGUUCAUCAGGUCCUGCAGCUGAGGAGGCAUUAGCUAGGCUCAAAAUUCCUGCUUGGGAGAUCUUAGAAGCUACCCCAUUUGCCCUUGAUGCAGCUCUCACUGCUUGUGGCCAUGGAAGUCUUUCUCCCCGGGACCUUGCAACAGGGCUUAAAGAUCUUGCUGAUUUUCUGCCCGCAACUUUGGCCACUAUAGCAACCUACUUUGCAGCGGAAGUCACAAGGGGCAUAUGGAAACCUGCUUGUAUGAAUGGAAGUGAUUGGCCUAGCCCUGCUGCUAAUCUUGCCUUUGUUGAGCAACAGAUUAAGAGGAUACUUGGAGCUACUGGGGUUGACGUGCCAAGCCUUUCCAUAGGAGGGAGCUCUCCAGCCACGCUUCCUUUGCCAUUAGCUGCACUAGUUAGCCUCACAAUCACUUACAAACUGGACGAAGCAUCAGAGCGCUUCCUCACGAUCAUUGGCCCAGCCUUGACUGCACUAGCCGCUGGUUGCCCCUGGCCAUGCAUGGCUAUCAUAUCAUCUCUAUGGGUCCAGAAAGCUAAGCGUUGGAGUGACUUCCUUGUUUUCCAUGCUUCCCAAACCGUCUUCCACCACAACAGUGAUGCUGUAGUUCAGCUUCUAAGGAGCUGUUUCACAUCAACUCUGGGCAUCACUCCUCUAUACAUCUCCGGCAGUGGUAGCGUCGGUGCCCUUCUAGGCCACGGUUUUGGGUCCCACUAUUCUGGUGGGAUAGCGCCGGUCUCCCCAGGGAUUCUGUAUGUGAAAGUGCAUCGAGCAAUCCGAGAUGUAAUGUUCAUGACUGAAGAGAUUCUCUCCCUCCUCAUGCACUCCGUUCGAGAGAUCGCAAGCAGCGGGUUGCCCAGAGAUGCGGCAGAGAAAUUGAGGAAGUCCAAGCACGGGUUGAAGUAUGGCCAGCUCUCCACAGCCAAUGCGAUGAGACGUGUCAAACUAGCAGCUUCACUUGGGGCCUCGUUGGUAUGGAUCUCAGGGGGUCCGAACUUGGUCCACUCCCUGAUUAGAGAAACCUUACCUUCUUGGUUCGUAUCGCAACACGGCUGUGAGCAGCUAGUGGGUGGAGGGGGUGAUGUAGUUGCCACACUGGGCGGUUAUGCACUUGCUUACUUUACAUUGCUGUGUGGAACGUUUGCAUGGGGGGUUGAUUCUGUGUCACCAACAUCCGGAAGACGGGCACAAGUUCUGACCGCGCACUUGGAGUUUCUGGCUAGUGCGCUGGAUGGGAAGGUGUCGCUGGGUUGUGAGUGGAAGACGGCGCAGGCUUAUGUAUCAGUGCUGGUGGGGUUGAUGGCGGCUUGCACUCCAAAAUGGGUGGAGGAGGUGAACGCGGACCUACUGAAGAGGCUGAGCAAGGGAUUGAGGCGGUGUAACGAUACCGAACUGGCAUUGUCGUUGCUGGGACGUGGUGGGGUUGGGUCCAUGGGAGCAGCUGCAGAGCUUGUUGUAGAAUGUGGAUUGUUUUAUUAG